UUUAAAAGGAGGCCUGGAGACAGAGGGAAAGCAGACACUGAGCUGAGCACAUCAACCGCAAGAGACAAACUGCUUUUGACUGUCAGCAUGAAGACCACACUCGCCGCCAUCGCUGUCCUCGUCCUGGCUCUCGGCUGGACCUCCGAAGCUGUGCAGGUUGAAGAGAAUGGAUUGUCUUUCUCUCUGGAAGCCAUCAAGAGGCUCCAGGAGCUGACAGAGAGCAGCGGUGCGACCGGACAACAAAGCCAGAGACUCAGGGCGAGCACCUUGUCCCUCUGUGAUGACCCCAUGCUCCCUCAGGAGUUCCUGCCCCUCUGUAAGCAGAGAGGAGCGUCUGCAUCCCUGGCCAGACUAGCUAUGGUUCCCAUGGAUGUGUGUGAGAUCUGUGCCUUUGCUGCCUGCACCGGCUGCUAAACAAACCCGGAAAGAAAACCUUUAAUUUUCCUCAGCUUAUAACUUGUGAUUAUGUUCCUCCCCUCUUAAAACUAUUUCAGGGAACUUCUCAAUUUUUUGCAAUUAUUAGACAACGACUUGAUGUUCCCUGACACAGAGGCUCUGACCCCGGCACGUUGUGCACUUUGCUGUUAGACAAAAAAGAGCCC